AAGCUCUCACUUUCAUCACUGUUUUUGAAGACUGGAACUAGUUGAAGCUACAAGCGUCAAUACUGAAAAUCUAAAUGAUCAUGCGCUGCUCUAGCUUGCUCUUGGUUGGUAUGGUGACAUUAGGAAUAUCUGAGUUCUGCUCUGCUGGGCCCCUUCAUGCCCAGUGUAAAGUCGAGUGGUAUUUCAGUCUCCCUUGCAGGAGUGUAUAUGAAGCUCUGGUCACACAGAUUAAAAAGUGGAGGACACUGUCAACCUGUGCCACGGGAGGGGAGAAAUGCCUCUAUAAGUUGCAGUCUGCGUCUGUACACUUCAUUUCAGCCAAACACACAACACCAGUAAAGAGAUAUGUUGAUGAUAUCAACUUCAGACUGGUCUCCUAUGGAUUCUUUUCACAUUGCCAUGUAUCGGCCAUGUCAGUGUCAGAGACCUGGUAUGCUGUCACAGAUCAUGGCACCAACUACUGUAACCUCUACAACUUAAUGGAAGGCAGCAGACUUACUGAAGCUCCAGGAUAUAAAGAGAUCACCAGUGACUUCCUGUGCACCCAGCGAUCAUCUGCUAACUGUACUGUGUACUAACCAUGUGUAUUUUUUUUUACAUACUUUCAGAUCUGUUAAGCUAUAUACAAAAUACAAAUAAAAAAAUUUAAAAAACAAUGUAGAAAUGUAGAAAAUUAUGUAUGUAGUUGCUGUUGUUGACUCUUUUCCACCAAAAUACUCAUAUAUACUGUUGUGAUGCUUUACCUGAAUUUGGUGGUACUGUUUUUUAUUUUGCUCGACAUUUUUUUACUUGACAUUUUACCUGACAUUUUAUGUUGCACAAAGUUUAGGGACAAAUACAGGAGUCCAGAGAGUGUGUCAGGUGAGACAGUAUCUUCCACCGGGACACUGUUCCCUCAAAGGGCAGCAAUAUCCUCCUGUGGGUGUAGAUAUCCAUCAUGGAUCUUUUGCUCUCAUUAAGAGAGCACUUCUGUCUUAAGGCAUCAGUCAACCAAUCUACCACUGCAGUAACGUUCUGUCACCAGUAGAGGGAAGUGUCUGCAAGUGAUUUUGCAAUAGGUCUUUAAACGUUUUGACCAGAGAAAAAUAAAGAA